UUAGAAGAAACUCCCAGGAUUAGCUUCAGUGCUAAAACAUAUCACAUGAAACUUUCUAAAACAGGCUUUCCAGUACGCUUUAGAACAAAUGAGAUACCAUCUCUUGGUAUCAUGGAAUUUAAAUCCAACAACACCUGGAAAAGACUUUGCACCCCAAGUUGGGAUGACAACGAGAAGGAUUUAACAUGCAGAGCAAUGGGAUAUAAUGGUCCUACUGACAUCAGCACUCAGCCAGAAAGCAAAAGUCACUCAAACACGACCAUUCUUCAAAACUGUACAUCGUUGCUUUUCAAUUGCAAUAAUGACAGCAAAGAGGAUCUCCAGUCAUGUACAGGUAACUGAUAAGGUGUUUUCGACGGUUUAUUCACAUUGUUAAUAUCUUAUUUAAGGUAUUUUACUUUCCCUCAUUAUUUGUGUAAGAAAGCCUUAGCAGUAACAGCUUCUUUUGGGCUUUGUAUGUUUAAGGAAAAGUAACCAGCAGAAGCGAUAUUGAACUAACCUUGGAACCUUUUCUUAAGUAACCUCCCGAUCCUGAGUGGUCUUACGACUUUUGUUUCCUAACUAGCGCAAUAAGGAUAUUCAAUCAUUUAAAUGGUUCAUGAUUCGAGUCAGGUCCUUUUAAAAAGUACAAAUUCCCAUGAGCAAACCAUUCAAUCACUUUCUUUGCUCGCCCGUCUUGUAGGUUUUACUUUCAACCCUGGUAAAAAAAAUUAGGUCAGUCGUCAUAAAUUUCGAGAAUGGUUAAUUUUUCCCUCCCUGAUAGGGGGUUUUCUUUCUUUUUUCCAGCCACGCUCUCCAGCAAAAUGUUGUACAUUUUUGCUACUGUCUAUAAUUAUGUUGAUCAUGUGUUUUAUCCAAGCGGUAAUCCUUCCAUCAAUUUCUUAUUUAACAGUUGUGUUGUUAAUUUACAUAUUCAGUUCCCGUACGCCUAAAAGGAACAAACUUCGAUCAUGGAGGAAGAGUAGAAAUCUUUUAUCGAGGAAUGUGGGGUAAGAUCUGUCGAAAAGGAUGGGAUUUUGAGGAUACGAAAGUGGUUUGCACCCAGUUGGGUUUUAAAGGUGCAGUAGCGGAAUUCAUUACAUCAGAGGUCCAGGACGAAACUCUACCUUAUUUAAUGACAGAGGUGUCCUGUACUGGGGAGGAAUUUAAUCUGUCAUCGUGCAAACGAACUGAUGGCGAGAAUGACUGUCCAGAGGACAAGGGAGCUCAAGCAUUGUGUGAACCAAGUAAGUUUAUCGCUCACGAGUCGUAA